AGUAGGCCGUUGCCGGAGAGAACCGGGGAGGAUUCGUUGUCUACUGUGUCAACCCGUCUGCCUGCUGUCUCCCAUUGAGGAAUGCUGGACGAUUUAACUGGGCUUUUUACUCACUGCUUGGUUUUCCUUUUACUUGACACCGUGGAGGAUCAAACAGGCGAUUUUUUCUCAUCACCCCAGGUUGGUUUUGCUCUAUUUUCGCUGAAUUUGUAGUAAGAAAGAAAAACCGAGCGUAAAAAAUAAGUUGCAUAACGGGAGCCAAUGUGCGCAUGCGCGAAAUGUCUGUUUGCUCUACUUACUGCACUUUUAUAACCAAAAACGCCUCUUUCGGGCUCUAUUUUCACUUUUAGGGAUAGAAAAGUGUAUAUUUUAGCGAACUGGCCGCUCGGUGUUCGAGUUCCAGUCGUUUUGUGGCGGCAUAUGAGGGAUAACGUUACUUUUACAUAACUGUGUCAGUGUACCGUGCAGUGGAUUGCAGGUCAACGUGUGUGAGGAUUUUGAAUAGCAGGUCAAUGGGAGUUAGAUGGGGGAAGGGAUAUUUGUUCCAUCUAAGAUGUGUUUUAAUCACAUUUUCUUUCAUUUAAACGCUUAUUUUGUUAGAAUAACAACAUCUGAAAACAACAGUCGUCGAUGUAAAAGUGUUAAAAAUGUCAUUAAAAUGAAACGUUAGCUAGUUUAAAUCCCAGUUUGUAGGGUUUACAGUAUGAGCUCAGGCAACAGUGAAUGUGGUUUUUACACAUCUAUCACAUGUGAAAAUAGAUUUAUUCACUGUUAUUAGGCAGACUGACGUCAAAGUGAAAACGGAGGUAACUGAGAUGUUUGAACUGAUGGUUAUACAUUUAGUUUAUAACUUUAUCUUUCAUGGCCUGUGUUUAACAUUCACAGAAACCUGUGUGGCCCUGCUAUACUAAAGCCUACCUGUGGCUGUGAGGCCAUCAUGAUAAUCACAUUCACUGCGUUUAACGUCACAUUUAUAUAAUACUUACACUAGACUUCUUUCAAUGUUAAUGUCAGGAUGAAUAUGAGCUCAUUUGACUAAAUGAUUGCAAAAUAUCGACAUUUGUCAGCAGAGAAUGAAGCUUGAACUUUCCAUCACAACCAAAAAAAAAUCUCUUUACUUAAUGUGUUAACUCUUUACACUGCUGGUCUGACAUGUCUAAAACUUUGACUAAAAUUCUAUCAGAUACUUAUAUAACAACUUAAUCUGUCAUCCCUCCUCUUUUGAAUCAUACCGUUUAAAUUCAUGGUUAAAAUAGUGCAGCAGAUUCAGUGAGGUAACUGACUGAUAUGAUGCCAUUUAAAUGAUAAACUGUUCCAGGAGUGUGGAUGAAAAUACUUAUUACUCUUAAACUAAUCUUCAGCAGUCCUUUUAUCUUCUUACAGUAACACUUGCCUGAUGUUUCUCCCUGUGAUUGACCAGAUUAUGUAAAUGAUGAUCAAGAGUUCCCAUCCUUUUAACAAAAUUGCAAAGUAUAGGUCAGCUCAUGUCAUUUCUAUCUCACAUUUCAUUCCGGUAUACGCUUCAUAAGAGUGUGAUUGGAUACUAGUGAAAGCAUGUGGUUUUAUGAAACACCGCUACCACUGCUUUGUGCUGCACCCCAGCCAAAUCCAUGUGACUGGAGCAGCGUUGUAUAAUGCCUGGGAUCUGUGCUAGUGUGCUGGGUUAUCAGCGCUGAACUGACUGAACCAUUGCUGAGCUUGAGGGGAAGCAGAGGGAGUUUAGUUUCAUUAUGUCACUGUACUCCUCGGUUUUGAGUUACAUAUUUUUCUGAGGUUUUCUGGAUUUUCGGAGAAAGCUGUGAUUCCGUGCUCGCUUGCUGGGUUGUUUAGGACUGUACAUGGAAGAAGCAAACUCUGGUAAUCGCAUACUCAUGCUGCAUGCUCUCUUAUUAAACUUGACACGCACUGUGAGUUCUGUAUUCACGCUGUAAAUGAAUGAAUAAGAUUUUGAGUUCAGUUCUGUGUCUGUGUUGCAUACAGAUUGAAAUGAUUGCUUUUACAUAGAUUUUCAAGCGCAGUGUGGUAUUGUCGUGGCAGUUUGCGGUGGUUAUGUAAAUCAUAUAUAUAACAUAGCAGUGAAAAUCCUGUUCAUAAUAGCUUUGUAAGUGCUUUCUUGUUUAUCUUUAACUAUAUGUUUGUCCUCCCGUUAAUGUGGUUUCUGUGGUGAAGAUUGAAUGAUAUGCUGUAGCUUGCAUGUUAAGUCAUCUUAAAUUUGUUCGAUAUAUUUCUGCUUCAGUUGUCAAGACAUACUUCUCUUUAAGUUUCUGUCUCCUUUAGUAAUGUUAAAUGGAAAAAAGAAACAAUCCGUAAGUGUUUACACUGACAUGUUUCUAGCCUGCUGUCAUUCCAAACUUCCUCCUUACUGGCUGACAUCACUCUAGACUGCUGUCAUUCCCUGCUCUCCUCUGAUUGGUUACUGCUGCAGCCAAUUGGACGUCCCGUCUGAUCACUUGGCUACCGCCUCAGUUAAACUUGGGAGUGGGUCACGUCUAAAGGUGACAGAGUGUGUGUGGGUGGGUAGAAAGUCUGCCACAUUUUUGUAAUUCUUCAUAAUAUGAAAUCCUUCCUUUAAAAUUUAGAGAAGUUAUGUAAAAGAGCUUAUGUAAAGGGGGAAGAAUAGACAAGCUGCCCAGUUUACGCUCUUACAUAAAUAGCUGCAAACCUAAUGUUUGAUUGGAUGGCAGGGAAACAAUGAAAUAAUUUAGUUUGGCUUCAGUACCUGUUUCCAGUAGUUCCUAAUAUGGAUUUAAUGGACAGAAAUAGCUUAAUCUGGAGCUAUUCUGCUGGUGAGGGUGCAGAGAAUGAAGGGGGUGGAUUAAAAUUGUUGCUCUUGUAUUUUAACUAGAUUUAUGCUUGUGAACUCUAGGGGUGUGCUACAAUGAUUAAGAAAAAAUAAUGUGGAUGAUUUUGCCAACAUGUAAAUCUGACAUUAUAAUGCAUUCCCUCCAAAAACAAAUAUUUGUUGGUGAAAUUCUUCAAAUUGUAAUGUCUUAUAAUUAAAAUGUCUAAUGUUAAAACUCAAAGCUGAAUUAUUUGAGUCAAUAAAAACAUGAAUAAAACACUCAAACCACAAGAACAAGUAUUAAGAUCAAAAAUUGCUUAUUUGAGUGAACAAUUUUAAAGUGCCUGCAGGACUAAUUUUGUAAAAUACUGCACAAUGACUGAGAUAAUACUCAUUUGAAACCAAAUCUAAUAUUGUUGCCAUAGGCACUACUAAACUAGCCAGUGACUACUACAGAUUUGAUAGAUUGAUUAAUUUGAUAUGCCGUCAUUAGGCGUUAGGAAAAUAUGUUUUCUUUAAGAGAAGAAAAUAGUGACAUUCAUCCUUUGAGGGUCAAUGCUAAUACUGUACCUAUUAGUUCAAAAUAUCACUCACUGACUGGCCUAUCACUUGAUAAUUUUUUUAUAUAAUAUUGCAUAUAUUUUCCUGUGUUAAGUGUGUCCGAACAAAGAAACAGCAUAUAUUGGUAAAAGAUGCUCAAGUUGCUCAGCUGGUUUGGCAUUUGAGUUUUUGCCAUUUCGCUUCCGCAUAGUGGACUGGAUGAGGCAGAGUCACUUGACUACACCUGGGUUACUUUGUUUAUGAGCCAUAACUUGUCCACCUCCACUACAUUAAAUAUCCACUUCAUUAAAUAUUCUUCUUUUGUGUUCAAUGUUACAGGCUGGUUACAUGUCAUUGCCAUCUACUGGUAUGGAUUACAUUUGCAGAUGUAUUUAACCAUUUCUGCUGAGGUUGCACAAUAUCAUCAGCAUGGUUUCACUACAGAAAUUUCUGACCUUAUUGUUAUUAUUAAAAAAGACUUUUAAAAAAAACUUGCAUUAAAUAUGUGCAUGCAAUGACAUCUUACACAUGCCGACAUAUAAUAAAGUGGUUGACUGGUAACCGUUUUUCAGCGGCUUCUUAUUUGUUAAUUUUUUUCUCUUUGACAAAAUACAACAAUUUAAAAAUACAAAAAAGUUUUAAACAAAAUAGUUGAACUUCAGUGUAUAGUUAUUUAAAUGGCAGUGAAUGGAAGCAGAAGCCAAAUCGAUGUUUUUGAUCAACUGUUUAUAAAUUUAAACCUGGACACAAUUAUAUGGACACCUAAAAUAACUGUUGCAGCUGGGCGGCCAUCAUUUUAAUAUACAGUUUCAAAUAUGUAGUUGUUUCUGGCCAAGUGAUGUAUACUCUUAUAAAAUGUAGCGGUCUUAGAAAAUCGACCUUCAUUUAGAGCUUUGUGGGUGUUAAUUUCAGACACUGUCUGUUCUCAAAGCAAAUCUGUGUUUUUAAAAAUAUCUGUGCACGACCAGCUUUGAUUAUAUCAAACCACUUACCUUAAUUAAUCACUCUCUUCAAUAGCUGUUUACUGUAGUAUGUGACAUUAAACCCAUAUUCAGAGUACAAAUGAUGUAUUUACUGUCGCAGAGUUUGAAUUAGUUGCCAUGGUCAUUCAUGUAAUAAUCUCACUGUGUGAAUACAGGGUAUAUUUCAAAUUAGGGACUAUUCACUCCUCUUUCUAAUUAUUUGUCAAACGAGGGCACAGCACUGUGUUACAUAAGGAUGUGUUUAUCUAAUUAGAAUGAAACGACCCUGGGCAGUGCAUCAGCACGUCUGUUUAUCACCUAUUUGGAGGGACCUGUAGCCUUGGCAUUAGUGAUGCUGAUGUUGUUUGUGAGGCAGAGCAGUCUGCUCCCCAGAGAAACUCCCACUUAUUUAGGCAACUUCAGAAGGGACAGGCGGCAUAGGACAAGAGGGAUCUUCACUAAUUAUUUUCUCAAAUUCUCUUUUUCAUGUCAAAUUAAGGGCUCUGAUGGUUUGUGUCAGCCCAGGUGAAGGUUUUUGUUGGUCCUCAAAGGUGUUUUCAUCUCUCCAGAGUCACCUUUCAUGUGAAAAAGGUCCUUUGAAAAAUUCAGCCAGAUCACACCGGUCUGAGGCUUAAGUCCAGCCGGAAAGGGCAAACAGCGGCCUAUUUACUCUGCAGACCUUUUGAAAGACGAACUGGCGCAGUAUUUGUGUUUUUUAUGUUUGGUGUGUGUGUGUGUGUGUGUGUGUGUGUGUGUGUGUGUGUGUGUGUGUGUGUGUGUGUGUGUGUGUGUGUGUGUGUGUGUGUGUGUGUGUGUGUGUGUGUAUGUACACAACAACAACGAUGACAAGAUCACUUCAUCUGUCCUGUGCCCUUUACUCCACUGCUGGUGUUUACAGGUGCAGAGGUCCAGGCUGAUCAGAUCAAAGUGCUCAGCUGUAUUUUUCAUGCUUUGUUGCGUUGAAUCCACAUUGAUUGCUUCUUAUUUCAGCUCUGUUUCUUCACUAUUGAUGUGAUAUCAGCAGAGAUGCACUGUAUCUUAAAUGGUUUGUCUGAGUACCUGUGUUAUUUUUACUCUCCCUCUCAGACUGCAGACCCACUCAAGAGGGAUCAACUCCAUUUACCCCCCAGUGCCAUGCACUUCAUGGCAUUGCCAUGUGGACAGUAACAUAAUCUCACACAUCUUGCCCUUUGGCUCGUCUAAUGUCUGAGGACAGUGAUCCCAAGCACUACCUGUACCCAACCCUGGAGGGGCUCGAACGGAACCGGGAAAGGGUCGGCUUCCAAGCGGAGGAGGAGGAGGAGCACUCUCCCUGUGAUUCCAUCAGCCAACUUCACCGCAUGGCCAGCGGUUACAGCGAGGGUUGUGGCGGGCAGGACGGAGUGGAACUGGAAGCGGAGCUGGGAUUGGCGUCUGAGGGCAGUGACAGCAGCCACGAGCACCCGGCCUCACCAAGCUCCCCUCAUGAUGACAGGAAGAGGCCACGCCCACCCUUACAUGAGGAUGUAGAGAUGGGCGGCAGUGGCUCAAGUGGGAGUGGGACAGAGUCCCAUGGCAACGAGUCGCAUGGAAAUGAAUCCCAUGGCAAUGAGUCUGUGGGCAGCUCCAAUGGCAAUGGCAAAGACUCGGCCCUCAUGGAGUCGUCAGGGAGCAACAAGAGGUGAGACACAUCAAAUGCACUGAAACAUGGUAAAUGACGUUUUUUGCCCACUCCAUGGGGAGCGGACCAUCUAGGUCACGGAAGUACACUUCAUUACAUGUAAUGGAAGGCUGUUUUCUCCUGUCUGAGUCAUUGUCAGUGUCAGUCAGUCCAACAGCCAGACUAUUAGACUGAGGCCAGCAGUCUGAUCUGCUCCUAUAUCUGAGACAGGCUACAAAAGGCUGUGACUGCUGGCACAAAGGGCAUUUAAUGAACACAAAGUACCAAAGUACUGAACGCGAAGUACCACUUUCUUCUGCUGACUUAAACAUCUCAAAGACUGCUUUGUCCGUUCCUGCACAGUUCGUGCUGUGAACAGUGACAUUCACUUGUUUUGUUUUGUUUUUUUUAAAUCGUGGGCUGUUUUGUGCCUUUCAUUUGAGAGGAGAAGACAGUGGAUAGAGCUGGCAAGAGGGCAGACCGGAGCCACAGGCUUUGAUUGAACCUGGGCCUCAGACAUGACCUUGGUAUAUGAGGCUUGCACUGUGACUGGCAAGGCUAAGGCUUGCCAGUCAAGGCUUCAUCCUGCUGCUUGUUGACUGAAUGUAUGUAAUUCCAAGAUCCAGGCAUUAAAUAACACGUUUCUCAGUAUCUGUGUGACCACUCAUCUCGGCAGAAAGUAGCACAUCAGUUGGAGGUCUACAGUUACAUAACAAACUCUAUUGUUUGUUCCCACAUCCAUGAGGUGAUGAGAAAACAGCAUGUACAUAACAUGCAAUCAAGUGAAUAUAUGCCACUCACUCCAGGCUAGAGUCUAUAUUGAGAUUCAACUGCUCGUUACAAAGUGAAGUUUUAAUGAAAGGCUCCUAAAUAUAUACAUCCAAACUUUUUUAAAAUUAUUAUUAAGUAUUAUUGGCAAACAGCGCUGCUCUGUGUAAGCUCUACCACUGUUCCAAACUAAAGCUGUUGUAUUACUUUCCCAUUGACUAAUGAUGUUACAGGCAGGAAUGUGCAGAAUGAGUUCAAACACUCACCCGAGGAACUUGACACACCUGCAGCCCAUUAGGAGCAUCAAAAGUAGGACGCUGGCCACUUGCUUCAGUUUGACGCCUGCAAACGCGUGUUGCUGCUUGACUGAAGCGAAUGAGUAGUGCACUGGCUUUGUGUCCUCUGUAGUGAGGUUUUUACCAAGCGAUUUCCAGUUAAGCCUGUUUUCUGACCUUAAAUGUGAAGAUUUGGAUGAACUUUAACGAAAGAGAAAGUUGGUUGUCAUCCUGUGGCAUCCUGUCCUUUAGCUGACUUGAGGAGGCAGAAAGAAGACGUAAAUAAACAAAAAAUUCUAGUAUGGCUCAUGCUGGACACAUGAAAAGAAGGAAACACUUCUCCUGAAGGGGGGGUGUCCACUCCCCUAGUGUGUUAAAAAGAUAAUUUAAGGUGCACAAAAGGCAUCAAGGCGCAGUUGAAGUUAGCCGACAGAAAGACAGCCAGCUGGACAGUCGUCAUCAGAGGCUGUCUGUGCGUUGAAUGACGCUUCGAUUUACGUAAUAAGAGUGCCCUUGAUUUCUCCCCCUUGCAUAUCCCUCUCAAGGUUGAAGCACUUUGAAAAUAUUAGAGCGUAGGAGUGAAGGCAUCGAUGUUUCCUAUCCUUCUACUCUAUCCUAAACUCAUGUCUUAUUUCAAAGAUUGAAGCAGAUUAAAGCAUUUUGAGUGCGUUCAUCACAAUCUGGCGUUGUAUUCGUCCUCCAAGAAUCCAUUCAUGUGCUCUACCAUAUACAACAUUCAAAGCUUUACUGUUGUUUUUUUGAUGUGCAGGGAUAACAAUACAAGGAAACUGUUAUGCCACUCCUUCGGCUGGGUUAAAACAAAGCGCUUUUCACAUUUAAAAAGAACAACUGCAGAGUGCAGCAGAAAAAAGCACUGGACAGCAGUGAUACUGCAUGUAAAAAAUUAAAAUGCAUCACUGCAUUAUGACAUAGAGGUUAUUUUGGGAGCAUCGCACUGCUGCAUCCAUGCACACCACCAUACUGAGCGCCCCCUGCCUCCCUAACACUUACAUUCAGUCAUCUUUUCUUGAGGCUGUUUUUGACUCAAAGACUUUUUUCCAGCCUUGCCGUGCUGCCUCAUGCGUCAUCAGAACUAGUCUAUUUCAAGCUUACACUGUCAGGAAAUGUUAAUCUUAUUGUUGGGAGCAAAUUUUUUAAACAAAACUGCAGAUAUUUUCAAAUUUAUAGCCUAUGCAGUACAGAGGAAGCUCCCAAACAUGCAGGAUCCCAUUUAAUGUGACUCUAAUGUCACAAAUAAAAGACUCUAAUAAUGAUAAAAAGUCAAAUUGAUGAGACAAACAGGCCUGUUUCUGUUAUCAUUUUGAAAAGCAACAUAAUCUGCACUAUGGGGUCAGUGUUGUCACUUCCUUUCAUACUGAGUUUGGGACACGCCCUCCAAAAGUUAAUACAAUUCCACAGUUACAAUAGUGUCCAUAAUAUAGGGUAAUUCAGAUUUUUAUUUUGUCAAACACUUAAAUUUUGGUAUAACAAUAAAAAAAUAUGCAGCUACAGUGCCAAGGGGUGAGGAGAUGAAGAGACAUGGUGUACAGCUGAGGCCAAGUUAGGCUGCUCUUUUUAAGGAAAAACUGGUGCAGCAGAAACAUGAAACAGCCGUCAAACAGUCAGGAAAUAUGGAGUCUCAGAGUGUGAUGUCUGAAAAUGGAGAGCACAAAAAAAAUCGUCUUACAACUUGAGUGUGGGUUAAUGUCUUUUUUUAAAAAAAGGUGUCUGCAUCUCAGGCCAGUAGUGGGCGAUAUUAUUCGAUCAAACCUCACUGGGGACCAUAGUGCAUAACCAUAGACUGCAACAAGGUGGAGAGCACAAACCACAGACUGUCUGUGGCCCUGAUUUCACAAACCCAGACAGGGAAGUUUUCGACCCUUCUGUUCUGUCCGCACCUGUUAGAUAUGUUCAUAUUUUUUUAGGAGUAUUUAUUCAGAUGGUUUGUUGUCGUUCCAGAAAUACAUGAGCGUCCUUGACUCCUUGUGUUUCGUCUUAGCUUGUGUUUUGGAGCUCUGUCUGUGCUUUCACAAUGUUUAAUCUUUAGGUCUCUGUGUACAUCUGUAGUAACACAACAUGUUACUUAUGGUUACAGCUCAAACUCUCACAGCCCCUCGCCACCGAGCAGCUCCAACGCCUUCAGUCUGCUGAGCUCGGAGCAGGACAACCCUUCAACCAGCGGAUGCAGGUUCGUAAACUUCUUACAUUGAGCUGAAUCCAGAUGCAUGCUUUGCAUUUAACAGGCUGUCUGUUAUGUGACAGUAUGUAGACCAGGGGGUGAUGUGAUCGCCUCAUUUUCUGCUCUCCAUAUGGGAGAACAUGCUCUCCAGGAGCGUGAGCGCAAUGGUGAGACCUUGUCAUUUUGACGCACGUGUAUUUGUCCCAUGUUCGCCUUGCAGCAGCGAACAGUCAGCCAAAGCAAAGACACAGAAGGAGGUUUUCAAGACCCUCAAGGAGCUAAAGAUGCACUUACCAUCAGAAAAGAGAAGCAAGGGCAAGUCCAGCACAGUCAACACGCUCAAAUAUGCGCUGCGAUGUGUCAAGCAAGUGAAAGGUAAGCCCUCCUUCUGUUAGCAGAUUUGUAGAGUUAGUUCCUGACUCUGAUUAAAUCAUGACGGUUAUGUUUUCGAGUUAGCAAAGUUUUCUUGGAUGCUAGACAGUAGCUAAUGUUAAAAAAUUUAAUGCAUCAGAUUUAUAUAAUGCUUUAUCAGAGACCCUCCGACCACCACCACACAUCACUCACAUUCAUACACCAGUGUAAGACACCCACUGGGAGCAAGGUGGGUUAAGUGUUUUGCCCAAGGACACAACGGACAGACUAGGGUAGGGGGGAAUCGAACUGCUAACCUUCCAUUUAUUGGACAACUGCUUUACCUCCUGAGCUACUGCCGCCCCUAUUUGGAUUCAUCUGGGAGAUUUUUUUUUUUACCUAAUUUCUGAUGGUGAUGAGUUAAGGUGGUUCAAAGAGAGCUGACCGUAUAUCAUGCUCUCCUUGUUUUGCAGCUAAUGAGGAAUACUACCAGAUGCUUAUGAUUAAUGACAGUCAGCCACCAGGGUUUGAUGUCUCCUCCUACACUAUCGAGGAGAUCAACAGCAUCACCUCUGAAUACACCCUCAAAAACACUGUAAGUACCUCUGAUCCUCACCUUAGAAUGAAGUUGAGAUUUCUUCCUGGCUAGAAGCGUUCAAAAGUAACUCAAAGGCUGGAAAUGACCUGGCUCUGAUAUGCUAAAAACAAAACAAAACAAACAUAUAAUUUUAAAUGCAUCUUUUCUCCAAAUGCACAGGAUAUAUUUGCUGUAGCCGUGUCCCUCAUCACUGGGAAGAUUGUUUACAUUUCGGACCAGGCAGCAACCAUCUUGAACUGCAAGCAGGAAGUGUUCAAGAACGCCAAGUUUGUGGAGUUCCUGACGCCGCAGGAUGUCAGCGUGUUUUACAGCUUCACCACGCCCUACCGCCUGCCCUCAUGGAGCAUGUGCACUGGAGCAGGUAAACUUAUAUCUUUUUUUUUCAUCUCUUGAAUUCAUCUUCAUCUUAUCCAUCCCACCCUUCAGACUUAACACAGAAUAAAUAAUGAUGUAAAGGCACACAGGUGCUGUCAUCACCCUGAAGGGCACGUGGGGUGGCCACAUGAAACACUCCCCCUACCACCUGCACACACAAGCACCUAUUUCCUGAACAUGAUCCGCCCCCACACACAUGCUCAUACACACAUAACACAUUUCACAUUGACAUACUCAAUCACACAUUUACCAAUGUUCGCCUAUUCACACGCACCUGCCACACAUUUCUGAAGGCUUGCAUAUACAACAUUCAACACUGAAUGACUGGUUGGUGAGUUAGUUAAAAAGGUACAAUCUUAGGAGUAUUAGUGUAAUUGUCCUCUAAGAAAUCAAACUGACCCAACAAGUCCAGGAAAAAAAUCUAAUUUCAGGAUAUAAAAAGCAUAAAUAAUGGACUGUUUUGAUCUUUGAGAAAAAGAAAAAGCUGCCAGUUUAGUCAGUAUAGCUUCCUUAAAGCUUCCGUACAUUACUUUCUUUGUGCCAAGUUUGGCGCCCCUGCAUUAUAUAUUGUCUGAAAUGCCCAUCCCUAAUGACUACUUAGGGACUCAGGGCCCCUCCCCAAUAUUUUCUGAUCAAUAUCGCGUUUGUGUUUUGACUUAAAAUAUGUAACACUCCCUCCUACAGGUGGACACAAGAUCUUUUUUUUCUUGUUCGUGUUUUAGUGUAGUUUCAACCCCCAUUGCAGUGUUGUUAAAUAAGAUCGUCACGACUGACGUUAAUGAUGUCUUAUCAUUUCCCCACUAAUUCUCCAAAACCAACUUUCAGAGUAUGUAACCAGUUUUUAGCGCUAACCGCGGUCUUCUACUCUUCCUACAAGGUUAUGCUGUUGUCAGUGCGCUUCAGAUGUGGUUGAUGCACUCGUCUCAACAGCUUGUGGUUAACAGAUAUGGAAUUUGUUUUCAGUCAAACGUUGUAUUACCUGCAGGCUGAUUAAGACUGUUAAAGUCAUCACCGUGAGGCGGCAUUUUUGAUUUCUUGUGUUUCACAGCAGUCCAGCUUCAACCUUGAGUUGCAUAAUUGUAGAAAAUCUCACAUGGCUUCUCGAUUUCACCUGUUUCCUUUUUUGGGAAGGACACACAGCCCUCUUAAGUCGUGUUCACAGUCUGUUGAAUGUUGAUGACUAAUAGUACUCACUCUUAUGCAUUUGAUGAUUUAUUCAUCCCACCUUCUCCCUGUCUCUAAUUCAGAGUCGUCUCCCACGGAGUGCAUGCAGGAGAAAUCCUUCUUUUGCCGCAUCAGGUGAGUGACAGCAGUCAGCAGCUUCUCUGAUCCAUAGUUUCCUGCUCAAACAGGCUGUGAGUCAGCACUGGGUUAGUGUGCAGAUGGAGGGAGGGAGGGACUGAGGAGAGGGGGACGUCAGCAACUGUGAACUUGGCAACUGUUCUGCCAUCUAGUGGUUAUAGAGGGUAUUACAGUUGGAGUUGAAUAUUACUCCUCAUAGUCAGAUAAGUUAUUAAUCUGCUUUCUCAUACAUUUCCUCACAUUAUAUCUCAAGACUUUCUGUAAAAAAGAUGCUACCUUUCAUGCAAAGAAAGACAUUUACUUUAAAGCGCCCUUAAAAAUCAGACUUUUACUAAGACGUGCAGACUAUAAUGCAUAUAUGUGUGUUUGCAGUGGUGGAAAGGAGCAUGAAGGGGAUCUCCAGUACUACCCGUUUCGUAUGACUCCUUACCUGAUGAAAGUCCAGGAUGCUGAGCUGGCUGAGGAACAGUUUUGCUGCCUUCUGCUGGCAGAAAGGGUGCACUCUGGAUACGAAGGUAAAUCCUGCACUCAUGUUGUAUUUCAGUCACAUCACUCACAGUUUCUCUGAGGAUAUUUAUUGGACACUAAUUUAAAACACUGGUUAAAAGUGGCACCGUGCACAGUCAUUCCUUACUACCUAUGCAUUUGUUUAUCAUAAGAACAGACUGAGUGUUAUCUUCUUUCCACAGCACCCAGAAUCCCCCCUGACAAGCGCAUCUUCACCACAACACACACGCCAAACUGUGUGUUCCAGGAUGUGGAUGAGAGGUGAGAGAACCUGUGCUGUUUCUCCAUUUGUUAAACGACCUACAGUUUGCUUUGUUUGGGGUGAAGAAACUGAGGGUAAAGGAUCUGGGUCACGGGACUCAUUCAGGGCCUGGUUUUUGCAGUUUCCCUGUCUUUAACACAUUGGUUUUAUUCCUUCGUCAGGGCUGUUCCUUUGUUGGGUUACCUCCCUCAGGACCUGAUCGGGACGCCUGUGCUGCUUAAUCUGCAUCCAAGUGACAGACCACUGAUGCUGGCAGUGCAUCGCAAGAGUAAGUAGCAAUUUUUAACCGCUUUUACUUGAUGGGUUUGCGGGCCCUCAUUUUUCUUGAAUGUAUUCAUGCCGCUCUAGUGCAGUAUUGCAGAAAUAAACACAUCUAUGUCCACUAUUCCUGUGCUAUACUCCAUGCAUAGCGUGUCUGUUCAUGCAGUUUAUUUUGCAAAAGAGCCAUGUGCACUAACACAAAAAAGUUUGUGCUAUAAAAGUUAAAUGCAUAUUAAAUCUUACUUCUCUAAGGCAUUAUGCUCACUGCUUAUAACACAUCAUAAUCAUUGCCAUAAGCUGCUAUGAAUGCUUGUUUAUCAUCACUCAUAAGGCUCGCCAUUUAGUCUUAUAGAUGCAUUUACAGGGCUUUAUAAAUGUGCUCAUGAUGCAUUAUAAUCAACAGCCAGUUUGCAAUGCGCUGACAUAGUGUCAUUGAACUAUAUCCAUGUCCUGUUGUCAACAGUCUUGCAGUACGCUGGUCAGCCCUUCGAUCACUCCUCAAUUCGCUUCUGUGCGAGAAACGGCGAGUACAUCACCAUCGACACCAGCUGGUCCAGCUUUGUCAACCCCUGGAGCCGAAAGGUCUCCUUUGUCAUCGGCAGGCACAAAGUCCGCAUGUGAGUGUCCUAAAUAGUCGGCUUGGUUCUUGGAUUUUCUCCUCUGUAGAAGUUGUUUUAAUAUAACCGAGGUCAGUUUGAACAUUUCGGAUAACGAGGGUGUGUGUGCGUUUUCAGGGGUCCUGUGAAUGAGGACGUUUUUGCUGUACCGGUUUUUCAUGGAGGGAAGAUCAUGGACUCAGACAUCCAGGAAAUCAGUGAACAGAUCCACAGGCUGCUACUGCAGGUACACACACACACACACACACACACACACACACACACACACACACACACACACACACACACACACACAGAGUCAUAUAACACAUGCACUUCUAAUGCAGAGCUCAGUCAAAACCACCACCUUAAUACAUUUCAUAUUUUACAUACAUUUUCAAAGUUGUCCCAUCAGUUAAUCUAACAACCUUGUUUUUCUGCAGCCGGUCCACAAUAUGGGUUCCAGCGGUUAUGGCAGCCAUGGCAGCAAUGGUUCCCAUGAGCAGCUGGUCAGUAUCAGUUCGUCCAGCGAGAGCAACGGGAAUGUCACGGCGAGGAAGACCGCGGAAGAGACGGGCAAGUCCAAGCCUCCGAGAACGUUCCAGGAGAUUUGUAAAGGGGUCCACAUGCUGAAGAACCAGGACUCCCAAGUCUACCAGCGCUCCCCGUCCUCCUCCCCCCUACCAUCUCCAUCUAAGCCUGAGCAGAAGAAGACCAUUGACAGUGAGUUCAGUUAGAUAUAAAAGGAAGAAGGACUCUUGUCAGCUUGCUCACUUUUUUCAAAUUACUUGUGUGUGUGUUUCUGAUGUUUUUCGUCCCUCCCCUCCAGCAGCAGUUGCAGCUCAGAAGAGUCCAGCUGUACGGCUGAAGGACUCAGCAGCCCCUCUGCAGGUCAGGGACAGUACUGCAGCCACAAUGGAGGACUUCCCCUGCAAGGACCAGACAGUCCACUCCUACCAGCAGAUCAGCUGCCUGGACAGUGUCAUCAGGUGAGGGCUGUUUUAGUGAGUUUAACAUCGUCGUUAAGAAGCCAGGAUUCUGAGAUUAAACCAGUUUUUGUUUCUCAGGUACCUGGAGAGUUGUAACAUCCCCAUCACUGUGAAGAGAAAGUACCAGUUCUCCUCUAACACCACCUCCUCCAACUCAGAUGAUGACAAGAAAGGCUUGGGUGAUGGUAUGCAAGGGCCUCAGGACACAAAUCCAGGCAUGUUUACACUCAUACAUGGAUACACCCUCUCUCUCAAUGCAUUUACGAACAAGUCAUGCCUGUACCGACCAGAAUCAAUCUGUAUUUAUCUCUGAGCUCGGAGUAACAGGUUUAUUUCUCUCUGGUGCAGACCCUUUGAUGCUUGACGCUCAGCCUGGUCUGUCGAACAUGAAAGCGCCCAAGAAACCUCCAUCUGGAGCAGCUGCUGUGGUUGGCGGCCCUCUGGCGCCCCUCACUCUGCCAAGCAAGGCUGAGAGUGUGGUGUCCAUCACCUCUCAGUGCAGCUACAGCAGCACCAUCGUCCAUGUGGGAGACAAGAAGCCUCAGCCAGAAUCUGGUGAGUGAGAUGUUUUACCUCAAGGAAGAGAAACAUCUCUGCUACAGCUUGCAGUGUGUGUGUGUCAGCACCAUAGACUGUAUAUAGAAUGGACAGCAUUUGCCUCCUCGCUGGGGAUGGGUAAUUUCAGGCAAAAAAUGCGGAAUUACCAAGAGCUUUACGGUUUCAAAUCUGUAUGUUGGCGAAAGGCGGAACUGAGUUAUCCACAGUAUAUACAGUCUAUGGUUAGCACAACUGUUAUAGAAAAGGUUGUUUCUGACUGACGUGUGUGGUUCUGUUUCUCCUACAGAGAUUAUAGAAGAUGUUGCAGAGAGUCCUGCACCUCCACCCCUCCCUGUGAGUGUGGUGUCGCCGCCCAGCCAGGAGAAGGAAGCCUACAAGCGGCUGGGGCUGACCAAACAGGUGCUGGCUGCACACACACAGAAAGAGGAGCAAGCCUUCUUAAACCGCUUCAGGGAGGUCCACAACGCCAGAACCCUCCAGAAAGACUGUUCCACGUAUCUGCACAAACAGAGAGGCCCUGCCAACGCUGAAGGUAAGCAUGGUUUACUAGCAGCCUCAUGAUGGGGAAAUAGCCGCAUAUAUUACAACAGCAUGGCUCUGUAGUCAAAGUCAAGUUACAAACUAUCAGGUUAUGUUUAAGCCAACAUUUUACACAAUGUCCCGCUGAGGCUUUCAGGCAGAGAAUACGAAAUCCUGAUAGUUAGAAGCCAUAAGUCUUCAUAAGGUUUUAGGAGGGUUUUCUGUGUCUACAUCAGUACCCUCUUUUAUAAAUGUGCUGAGUAGAAAUGUGUCAUUAUUCAAGUUAUCCAGUCAAUCCAAUAAAUCAACAAUCAAACAUGGGGCUAGUUAUUAGCAGGUGAGACAAAUCUCCAGUUUAUGCUUGUGUCUGUAAAUAACCGUCCAAUUUAUCCGCCUGUUUUCCCAGAAGCAUCUGGACCACGAGGUGCAGCCAAACAGGGCCCCACCAGGCCAGAGACCACUACCAAGAAGGGCAACCGCAACAGAAAAUCCAAAAAGCCACGGAUGAAGCACCCUGAUUCGUCGGACAGCGCCAUCUCAAACCGCAAACCCCGGCCGCCCCUGCAGGGUCUCAACCAAACUUCAUGGUCUCCAUCAGAAGCCUCCCAGUCAGCUUUCAAUGUCUCCUACCCUGCCAUGGUGCCUGCUUACCCUAUCUACCCCCCAGCACCCUCUGCCCCAACUCAGGCACCUCGCCCUGACCCCUCCCUUUCAGCAGGGUAUGGAGAGGGUCAGAGCACUCAAGCCCCACCCACUGCCACACCGUUUCCUGCACCGAUUGUAACCCCCGUGGUGGCUCUGGUGUUACCCAAUUACCUCUUCCCUCAGAUUGGACAGUUAGGUCAGAUGGGGCAGCUGGGGACUCCACCCAGACCAACGUUUUUCCCUGAGCAGUCCCAGCCACAGCCUGCAUACACCACCCAGCAACCUUUUCAGACCCCACAGCCAGCCUAUACCAUUCAGACACAACCCCCCUUCCCUGUGCAGACUGUUUUUACCCCCCAGCAGCCAUUCCAAACUGCUCAGACCCCCUUCUCUACACAGCAGCCUUUCCAGGCUCCUCCAACCGCUUACACCACCCAGCAGCCUUUCCAGGCCCCUCAGCCCGCCUUCACUUCCCAGCAGCCCUUUGCUGCCCAGUCGUCUUUCCCAGUACAGACUCCGUUUGUGAGCCAAGCUACGUACCCACCACAGCCCUUUCCUUACAGCCUGACCGCUGAGCCCUCCAAAGCUUUGGCUGUGGAGCCCAGAGAGGGGGCUGUUUCACGCUCCUCCACCCCUGCCUCAGGGGCGAGGGAGCCCGCCACAUCACCGCCACUGUUCGAGUCACGGUGUAGCUCGCCACUGCAGCUUAACCUGCUCAGCAUGGAGGAGGGCCAGCGCUCAGUGGAACGACAGGACAGCACAGCGCCUCCUGCUGGGAUUCAAGGCAACAGCUCGGUAGCAUCAGGGGCAGGAGGGGAGAAGGUCGGAGGGACAACCAAGACUGACAGUCAUCAACAGGUUAGAGAUGAAAUAUUCAAUCACACAAUCUCACUCCGACACCUCUUCGAUAAGCUUGUCUCAGUGUCUGACCUCUUCAGGUUUAAACUCUGACGGUUUGAUUUCUGGUCUGUUAGGUGGAUUCUCCAGGAGACGGGGCCCACAGUGACGGUAACUCCUCAUCCUGCGACUUGUUGGACAUCCUACUGCAGGAGCAGGAGGACUCCCACUCUGGCACGGGAUCAGCCACAUCCGGCUCCAUGGGCUCAGGGUCUGGUUCAGGCUCUGGGUCUGGCUCAGGAUCAGGCUCAGGCUGUGGUACAUCAGCAAGUGGAGCUUCAGGCAGUCGAACAGGUCAGUAACCUUAAGCAGGACAAGAGUGUUCCUACCAAACAAAUUUACUUUUACUUAUGGUGUUGCAACUUUCUGGCUAAAAACAACAAGUAAAGAUAUUCAGUCUGUUUCUGACCGCUUCCCUGUCACUUGUCUCUGUGUUUAGGGAGCAGCAACACCAGCAAAUACUUCGGCAGCGUUGACUCCCUGGAAAAUGAUCACAAGACCAAGGCCAAAACCAAGGCAAGAAGUGAAGGGAGCUCUGAUGGGGGCCAGUCCCAGAACAAGGUCUCAUCUCAAGGGGAUGGAGACCAGUUCAUCAAAUAUGUUCUCCAGGAGCCGCUCUGGCUACUCAUGGCCAACGCUGACGACAACGUCAUGAUGACAUAUCAGAUGCCGUCCAGGUGAGUCACUGGCAUGAUUUAAAAAUCACACCAAAAAAGUUCAAAACUUAAGUUCAACUGGCGCUUUAAUUCUCUCCUCCUUGAAGACCACUCUUAAACGCAUGCAUUGAGGAGUUUCUCACCACUAAUGACAAGGGGGAGGUAUCUGACUAUUCUGUGGGACACGUUGAAGGUGGUAUUAAGAGGUCACAUUUUUUCAUAUGAGUCAUCUAAAAAACGUGAAAUUGAUCAAAAUCAAAAAAAUGCUUUCAACCCAGGAGGAAUCCUACAGAUCCUCCCUUUUGCAAUCAAAUUGUAAUAAAAACUUGAAACUGAAAUAUGAGUAUAAUACUAUUCUCAAUAAACAUGUAAAAAAAUCUCUUAUUAAAACUCAAACAGUAAUAAUACUGCUGAAUUGGGAGUCUCAAACACCUCCAUGCUUCAAAAGGUGGCUUCAUGAAAUGCUCUCUGCUGUUAAGAUGGAACAGAUCCGUGGCAGCAGACUCACACAGCUAUUUCCUUAAAGUGUGGACAUCGCUAGACAAAAACUAACUGUAAGGGUCAUGGUGUCUGCUGCUACCCUGUAUCCACACUACGUGCAUGCUCCUCUUUGACUAAUUUCUAUCUAGUGUAUAAAGCAGGAUCUCACCCAAAUUUAUUAUGUUCUUUUGUUUUUGUUUUUUCUUUGUUUUCUUGCUUAGUCCUGUUUUUCUGAUCAUGAUUUUUAUUUAUUUAAUUGUCUUUCUUUCUCUCUCCCUCAUUUUUUUGUCUUGUGUUUUGUUUUCUGUUCAGUAUCUUAUGGUCAAGAGGCUGUUUUCCCUUGGUUUUUGCUGACAUCUGUCAGCCUUGCACUGUAUGUGAUACCUCAUUUCUGCCUCAUUGGUCAUUUUACAUUCAUAUAUUCUUGUACUACCAUGAUGUCCUCUUGUCCUUGUGCCUGUUUUUUUUUUGUUAAACCAGAAACAUUCUAAAUAAAAAAAAAACACACAGAAAAAUCACACCACAACAAAGCAACAGCGCUGCAAAAGGGUUUAAGAGAGAGACUCUUUUUUUAAUACAUCACGUGGAGAAAAAGGAAAAACAAACUUAAAACAUGUCAGAAGUCCACCUACCAUGUGGACAGCAGACCAGUUAACACUUAGGUGGUUCCUUUGAGUCUUCAGGGCCCAACAGAGGGCGCUAUGCUACCAUCAGCGCUGCAUCCCAAUCACAAAACCAUGAAAACCUGAGAAUAAAUGAAGGAUGAAAGACAGAUAAUUCCCCAGUGAGAUUGUGCUCUCUGUGAAACAUUUGAAUGUGCCACAAUGACUGAUCGUGUUUGUGCUGAAACAAGCAACUGUGACCUUUUCUGCUGAGAAUGACACUGCAAAUGAGCUAAAAAAAAUCAAACUAUGUUGGUACUGUGCUACAAAAAAAAAAAAGUCCAGCCGUUUAUUGAGAAACACAGAUUGGUGAACCUUUUGAUGUGAAAUAAAAACUUAUCCACAGAUAAGGAGAUGACAUGAAGAGGAAAACAGACAAACAGGCAGAAAAUAAAGUUUCAGUCCCAUAGGGGAACUUUUACCUCCACUCAGCUUCCACACUCUGAAAAUUAAAGGUCUUGCGAAUGUGUGUUUGCUGCUCUGCAGGGACAUUCAGAGGGUUCUGAGAGAAGACAAGGAGAGACUGAGGCAAAUGCAGAAGAGCCAGCCUCACUUCUCUUCGGACCAGCGACGGGAGCUUGUUGAGGAGCAUCCCUGGAUGAGGAGAGGAGGUCUACCAACUGCUAUUAAUGUCAAGGUAUGAGCCAGCGUACGACUGUUGUCAUGUUUGGAACUAGAGUCUAAAUUUGGUUCCAGGAUUAAAGGUUUUCUCAGGGACUGAAGGGGGCAGGGCCUGAUUCUAAUCGUCUCCUUUCAAUGUGUGUGUAGGAGUGUGUGUACUGUGAGGACGCCGCGGCGGCGCCCAUCGAGGAGGACCUGCCAGACAUGGACAUGGGCGAGCUUGGCGAGGAGCUGAGCCGAGAGGACCAGAACGCCCAGAGCCAAUCAGAGGCCUCUCAGCCACAACAGGACACUGGCUCCUGAACGAACACACUUGCUCACUGCCAGCAGGGGGACACACUCUACCAGCUGCGAACCCUCAUGAUACAAACACGCACACACGCACAAACUCACACGCACAUUGUGGAUCAAACAACCGUGUGCCAGACCAUCCUCACAAACACGCACGCACACACACACACUCUCACUCGCUCACCAUGAACUCACCAGGACUCCUGCUGUUGUCGUUGUGGUGAAUAUGAGGAUGCGUGCUGCUUGUGCGUUCACGUGUGUGUGUUGUGCGGGGGACGGACGCUGAAGUGCAGCUCGUACACACGCAGACCAGGGCCCAGCUCCCGUGGUUGGUGACCCUUGGCCUCCCAGAUAUAUUUUUAUUUAACGUGUCUCAUUGUUUCUGUCAAAAUUGAAAAAUUUACAGAAAGUUAAUUUAAGAGAUUUUUUAAAUUCAUUGAAUUGUUCUCAGCUAGAAGCUCACAUUGCUGUUUGAAUCUCUGCCACCCGGUAUUAUGCUGUUGUCUCUGUUUUGCCACACGGUCACAGUCAGACUCCAGAAACCCCUUUACCUGUUUACUGGAUAAUGUCAAAGUACACAGACUUGCACUUUUGUACCACUGACCCCAGGACGCUCCUCAUUUUUUUGUUUGAAUAUCAGCAGUGGAAGCACUUGAUUCAACAGUUGAGUUUUUAAGCAGUUCUUUUUCAUUACUUCUCAAAAGUGACAAUCUGAUACAUCGUGCAAGGUGUCCACAAUGUGACACAGUUAUUUAUUUUUUACCAAAAAUGUACAUAGGAUAGAUAUUUUUAAGUUUGAGCCAAAUCCAUUCAGCUAAGAAACUUGGUCAACUUCAAUUUGCACCAUAAAAAAUGAAGUCCAUCUGUUCUGUCUCCAGCAUCAAGCACAUCUGGCCUUUGUGCAUCAGGACGCUGCUGAAAUGUAUCAAGGUCAAGAGGAUGAUACCCAACAGUUUGUGUAUUUAGAUUAAUUUCUUUUGAGAUUAUUGAAAAAUGCAGAAUAUUGUCCAAAGUACUUCUCAACUUUCCAGUUACUAAGGUGCAGCUCUACUACAAAGUGUCACUUUUAGACCAAAUCAGUGCUGUUUUCCUUUUUUAAGGUUUAUACAAUUAAUUGACUACACUGUUAAAACAAACAAAUUAUUCAGUUGUAAUAUGGUUCUUCAAACUGGUUGCCACUUGCUGUAUAACAGAGGAUGUGCUGAUAUAUAAUACUUUUUAAGAUAGUUAUCAGCCAGUUACGUAACUCACCAGAAGCAGCAUCUAUCAGAUUUCAUUAUAAAAGCAUAUUUAUACCAGACUGGAAAUACGAUGUUCUAAAUGCAAGACUGUAACAGCAUCACAAACUGUGGGGAAACAGAAAAAACACAGUUUUGAACAUCAGUGGAGUUCGAUGAUGACACGUUGUUGUUAUCUAUUUGUGAAGUUUAUGAAGGAACAUGUCACUCCACCUUUGUCUUGAUGCCCCUAAAUUUGGCAGUUUUGUCUUGACUUUUCCCAUAAAAUAUUGUGAUUAUGAUAUCUUGAUUAUUUCUGGCCAUGUUAAUUGUGAGGUGAAAAUGUGACUUUGUGACGCCCCCUAUUCAAACAUAAUGCUAACUUUUGUUAUUUCUAUUUACAUCCUAUCAGGGAAUUUCCCAUGUCCUCUCACUUUCCUUUUUUUAAGCCCAUCUCUUUACUCACUUUCCACUCUGAGGAGUUUGAAACUUUUGAGAGAUGACCUAAAUGACUCUAAUUUAUUAGUUGCUACAGAUUUGUGUGCCACAGCACGGCGCUAUUUGUCAAAACUUGGUUGAACAUCAGCUCUGAAAUAUUCAAAGUGGAAGAUAAGCAUCACUAUUGUAGCAAAUAAGGGACCCAUGUUUCCUCAGUGACCGUCUUUACUCUGGCUUAUAUAGGAAAGUAAAACCUCAGUCCACAUCUGCUCCAUGUAGGCUGGUCCAGGUUAAUCAGCACAAGAACCGGGAACAACUCUGGUGCUACUGCAGAGACAAUGCUUGGACGGGGUUUGUGAAUGUAAUGCAGACUGGACCAAUUGCAUCUUGCUCGCUUAGUUUGUCUAAAUGCUUUUUAUUUUUAACUUCUGUCCACAUGUUGAAAUGUUUUUUUUUUCUUUUAUUGUUAUAUUUUUUUAUUAAUUUCUUUGCUGUUUCAUUUGUUUGACAUCGGAAAGGGGGACAGACCCUACCUCUAUUAAAUACCAGGUCAUGUUAAGACCAGCACAUGGCGUGUGUUUGAAUGUGGCAAAGUGUAACAAACAGAGCGGUCAGAAACGAAUGUGAUUCCAGUGAGUGAUGGGCUCUUGCAGAGUCAGUGGACUCCAGUCUGCACAGAGAGGACGAGUGCCUGUCACCACCCGUAGAAACUGCAGUCUGUCUCUGUCUUUUGUCUCUUUUUGGUGCAAAAUAUUUUGAGGGGGGGCCUCCAACACUCACCUGUGUCCAGUGCAUUACAAACGGAAGAAUGUAGUUCAAUAAAAUCCAAACAUAGGUGUGGAAAAUCUAUUUUCGUACUGUUGAGUGUAAGCUGGAGAAUGCUGCUGCACACAUCUUUAAGCCUUGCCUUUUUCAUAAGGCCUCACACAGAUGGAAUCCGUUAAAUGAGUAUCACACCGGUGGGCUGUUGGAACCCCCCUGACCUGUAAAUGCAUACACAGGGUACAUGAUGUACAUGAUGUAUGGUCAUGUAAAUUUGUUUAUUGCCACUGUAUGAGUCUGUGCUAUAUUUAACCAGCACAGUUCUGUGCAUUUUUGUAGGUGAUGAAAUGUGUUGUUUGAGACAUGGAGACAAUGUUGUAAUAAAACUACAGAAAUACAAAAAGGU